GGGCAUGUGGGUUGCUGGCUGGUGAAGUCACGCAUCCCGAUGCCGUUCGGGCCUUGGCAGUGCCGAUUUUGACAGCUGCAAGAGCGAACAAUGCAAAUAGCAGGGUAUCCUGAGGACACCACUCUGCGGGGAAAUGGUAGGCAUCCUAUCCUGGAGAAGGAGACCUUUGAGAAGCUCCAUCGAAAUGAGGUGAUUGAGACCAGGCCUCACAUCCUGCACUUUGGUGGUUUCCAAGUUCACAAGGAGCACACUCAGUUGCUCAGAAUUGUGAACAUAUCGCCAUCGUCACUGCGAGUGUCUAUCCUUGGUCCAGAGACACAAUGGUUCAAGAUCAAUUUCGACAAGAAAGGGCUUCUGGCGCCUGGAAUGAGCGAAGACAUCAUGGUGACCUUUGAGCCGCAUGAAUGGCGAUACCACAGUGACACAAUCAAGAUCUUUUGCGGAGAGUUGGCCGAAAAUUUGGUGGUGCCAAUCCACGGCUAUCCAUCAGCCAAUGACAUCGUUUUGCCUCGGAUUUUGGACUUCGGUUCUGUGGCUAUCGGGACGUCCCAAUCCAAGGUCAUCCCUUUGUCGUGCAAGAUCCCAAUUCAAUUUGAGUUCGAGAUCACCGUUGUGGAGGCCCACCCAGACCUUACCAUCACGCCCCUUUCAGGCAUCAUCCCUGCUGAUGGUAGCAGCGAAAUUGUGGCGACCUUUGCCCCGAUGAAACACAGGACGGCCCGGGCCGAGCUUCAGUUCCAUGUGGCGCAGUUCAAUUCUGAACCCGCACUGGUCACAGUGCUCGGGUCCUGCUUUCCAGAAUCUGCCAAACUUCAGGUGUUCAAAGAGGAGAUGGCAGAGCGAAGCGUCGUCGCAGCUCAGAAGAAGCAGGAAGAGAAGGCUGCUACAUUGAGCAAACUGAAGGGAAGAAAGAAAGGCCCGCUACAGGUAAUUCAUCCUACCUUCAAGGUAGAUGAACUUGAGAGAACCAUCAAUGGAAUCAAGGUUCCAACCACACGAGCUGAUCAACAUUCAACAAAUUUCAUUUUGAACCAAACUGCUGGCAAACUGCCAUUGAAGGACCUUGCGGCAUUUAUUCGGGAGCAACGCGAGGCAGCAGACUGUCGGCGCCAGCAGAUUUCUGAUGGUGGCCAGCUGGAGGAAGAGGUCGUGGAAGAGGACAAGCAAGCGCAGGAAUUGCGCUUCGAACUCCACUAUCGAGAGGUAGACAAAAAGGACAAGGACAAGGAACUCAAAAGUAAUCGAGCAAGCGGUGAAGGGCCUCCAGAUGAGAACGCCAUUGCUGAAGUUGAAGCUGCCAGAAGACGCAGAUAUGACAAUAUCUUCCAGCUGAGAAUCAAUGACGACCUGAAACGUGUGGAGUCGGUACUGACGAACAGCAACAUUGCCGUUCCGGCGAACUUUAAGCCAGCCCACAAGCCGGAGUGGGAUGAAUGCGCCAACGACAUCUUUUCUGUCCGACUACAAGUGAUCGAGAGGUUUGUGCGAGCUGGUUCCAAGGUGUUGAUGCGUGUCCGAGCCCAACAGAGAUGCAGUAUGCUGUGGGAGGCGAUUGCUGAAGCAGGAGUAGUUGACAGAAAAGGUUGCCAGGCUUGGGUUGAAGCCGAGAACAAGGCGGCUGCUUCGGGAACCUUGGUUAAGGCUGAGAAGGUCCAGCAGAAGUCAGAGGUCAAAGGAACCGAUGAUGAAACUGAUGGUGACCUUUUGGCAGUUCACAUCCCAAAGGAUUUUGUCCUUCCACUGCAAACUCCAACAAGAACGUUGGGCUUCUCUGCGGAGGAAAGGCAACGUGUCGAGGUUGAUCACUGGGACAACUUCGAGGAGUUCUUGCCACAUGAUCCUCCUGCACCACUGGACCACAAGGUCCUGAACUACCCACUACACGAUGUUCCGCCACCUUCAGCGUACAUGAAGCCGAACCUUGAAAGGUCUCGUUUAACCGCAGCAUUAGAGGAGCAUCUUAUUUGCGGUGAGUGCGGCGAUGCUUUGGAUGGAGCAGAAUUGCCUGUAGACAUGCCCGAUUCAUGCCUACUGCCUCCAGCUCAUGACGCGCUCUCUCUGUUGAUUCCUUCGACGGAUUGCAGGACUUACGUGGCAUUUCCGGAGUCUGCAGAGUGCGAUCCAGAGCACAGAUUGGCGGAGAAGGCAGUGCACAAAGUUUUUUUCUCCUCAUGAACUCCCUCAUGUUGUUGAUUGCCAUUUCGCUUUCUUACAUGUUGACCGUAGUGGUGCUGGCAAAUGGUUUUCCGUAUGCACCGAGUGCAUGUUUGCAUGCUGACCUCAGACGACCCCAUGAUGUAGUGGUAUUGCAUGGUCCACUAUGGGCCGCACCAUUUCGCGGAAAGAUCUUAAUUCAUCUUAAUUCGGGUGAGGUCUUUGGCGCUAUUUUGCUUAUUUUGCCCACUGGCUCCAUGCUUGAGACAUGUUGAAACAGUGGCAGCAAGCCGUCGGCCACACCUGACGUUGCUCAGCCAACUUUGCUGGAUCCUCUUCGUGCAGUUCCACUUCUUCCGC